ACAUUCACACUGCUUGCGCAAGAAGUCUGCUUUAAUAAAUGACAUCCAUUAGCAUUACAAAGCAUAGUGCUAAAACGACGGCUGAGUUGGUGGGCUGGACAUCUACGAGGGGGUCUGCGGUCAGAUCCAGAGACACACACACCGGGAUAAAGAAGGAGGACAGUCUGGACUCUGAGUUUGGAUGUAACACUUGCAAACUGAAGGAUGAAGACAGUGUAAAUGGAUAAUAGAUAAUAUGAGACAGAUGCAAUUACACAGCACACUCCAAACAAAUGUAUGGAUGCUAGGAGUCAAACCACUGAAGAUCAUCACAUGGCAGGCAGUACCUAUGUGAAGAUGUCUUCAUUGCUCUUUGGAGUGAUUUUGGCUAAUGCAGUGAUUAUGGGUAUGUGUGAACCAACUCAAUCAUGGUCAGACAGGGCAGAAAGAGGACCGUUGGAUGUGCCGGACUCUAACAUUCUGCUCCAGAACGAUGCCGUGUACCAGCUUGUGAACACAUCGUUCAGUUUCGAACAAGCUAUGCAUUACUGCCGUGGUCAGUCGAGUGGCCUCACAACUUCAGGGGUCAAAGAGGACGAGGAGGGAGCACAGCAGUUGCUCUUGAAAUCCAACCUCAAGAGCCCCAUUUGGUUUGGAACCAACAAAAGUCCGAACCUGACAACCCAGCUUCCCGAACAAAAAACGGAAUUCCCAGGUUUAUCUUUCAAGUCUAAGGACGGCUAUGCCCGUGUGAACGCGACUUUCCCGUCACUGUCUGCUGUGAGCGUUUGCGUGCGCGUGCAGUGGGACCCGCGGCACGAGAACGUGUCCACGGUGUUCUCGUACGCCGCGACCGUUUUCAUCAACGAGUUCCAGCUGCGCGGAAAGAUAGACGAGUCCAAGCGAAAACAGGCCGACAGGAAAGUCCGCCUAGCGCUUCUCAUUCAAGGACAACAUCAUGCUUACAAAGCCGAGCUGCCCAUUGAUGAAGACUGGCACCAUGUUUGUGUCACAUGGCACUCAAGCAAUGGAUUUUGGGCAAUUUAUGUGGACGGAAAAAAGGGAGAUUCUGGGCAUGGGGAAGCUCGGGAAAAGGCAAAUAAUUUAUACGGAGACGGGAUAUUUAUAUUGGGGCAAGACCAGGAUACCUUUGGUGGGACUUUCACCGAGCCGUUUGUUGGAAACUUGACCGACCUGAACAUUUGGGAUGAAGCUCUGGAGUUGAAAGAGGUGCAGGCACUGAACACGUGCUCACAGCAAGUCACCAAUCACAAAGCCAUAUUCAGAUGGCAGGCCCGGAGCCUCACUGUCCAUCACUCUGUCCAGAAUGUGUCUGCAACUAUCAACUGUCCAGGGUCCCUGAAGACGCCGCAGAGACAGGAGGAGGAAUGUGAGGUUUUCGAUGGCUGGUCUGCCGGUCAGCCUCAGUACAGCACCUCCGCCUGCACACACACUUUCCCUUUCAUCUGCAGAAGCAGCAAAGAACACUAUCUGAAGAUGAAGGAGCUGAGAGAAUCUCUAAGGUCCAGCCCAAGCCCCUUCAUGCAGCGUCUCAUGCAGCACGGCAUGACUGCAGACGAAGUGUUCUCUGAUACUGUGGGUGGGCAGAGCUGGACCUCGCUGUCCCAUCUGUUGAACGUGUUUGAGCAGGUUGUUCUGAAGGAGCAGAAGCAGCUGGAGGACAGAGACAUGGCCUCUCUGAUGCAUGUUCUCUCUCGGGCCGCUGACCUGCCCAGCACGGCCAAUCAGAGCCGGCGUGAUGCGGAGAGGCUCGGCCAGAGCUUCAUCACCAUUGCAGAUUCACUCAUCAGCCAAGAUGAUAGCAGUAAAUGGCACAGCAUCAAAGAGGUAGUGAAGGGGCCGAUGGCUGUCAUACAGGCUGUAGACCGAAUGCUGAUCAACCUGAACCCUCUGCUGACGGACGACACAGACAGUGUGCAGAUACACAGCCAUAAUAUCAAGCUGCAGGUCCAACAGAAUCUUCUGUCUGAAGGAUCUCACAUUUCUGUGUUUUGUGGGUUGGAUGUGGGAAAUCGUGACUGCAUCUCUGUCCAGGCUGAAAACAUGAAGGAACUACAUAACAAUGACUUCAGAAAGGUGACUGUACUGAACACAUGGUACAGCUCUGUGAACUGUCUCUCAGAGAGAGAGGAAAACAUUACUCUUUCUCCUAUAGUCAGUGAUGGAUCGCAGAGGUAUUUGGGAACCGUCUUGGGCUCAUCGGUCAUUUCCAGUACAGUGCUGGCAGAUGGACAGCCGAUCAGCAUGGCCAUACACUUCACACUCCAGCACAGGAUUCAGAACAGUUCAAUGAAAUUGAUCCCUGUCUGUGCAUUUUGGGAUUUUGACCUGAUGUUUGAGGGAGGAGGCUGGUCAACCAAGGGCUGCACCGUUAUUUCCACCCAGAAUAAUUUAACUUCGUGUUACUGUAACCACACAACGAACUUUGCCUUGUUGUUACAGAUCUAUGAGGUUCAGAGAAGUUUUGAACACGAGACGGGUCUGCAGAUCCUCAGUUUGAUUGGCUCUGGUGUGUCUCUUUGUGGUCUACUUUUCACACUGAUUCUCUUCGUGGCUGUUGGCGUUCCAAAGUCAGAUCGUAUUACUGUUCACAAAAACCUGAUCGUGGCGCUGACUGUAGCCCAGUUACUUCUGAUUUUCAGCGACUGGGCUGUGGAAAACCAGGAAGCCUGUUGGUUGGUGACGGCCCUCCUCCAUCUGUUCUUCCUCUCUUCGUUCUGCUGGAUGCUGGUGGAGGGGCUGCUGCUCUGGAGUAAAGUGGUCUCGGUGAACAUCAGCGAGGAGAGGAGAAUGAAGCUGUACUACGUGCUGGGCUGGGGGCUGCCGGUUGUUAUAGUCACUGUAACCUUGGCGGCCACUUUGGACCAGUACAAAGCACAGCAGUACUGCUGGCUGAACCUUCAGUCCAAUGUUAUUUGGGCUUUCGCAGGGCCUGUGCUCUUUGUUUUGGCCGUCAACGCUGUGGUGCUUUUUCGGGUCGUUAUGGUUACAGUGGCCAGUGCACGUCGCAGAGCCAAAAUGCUGACGCCCAGUUCUGACUCGAAACUUCACACGCUGGAUCUUACCUGGGCAGCGACGCGGCCGGUGUUGAUCUUGUUACCAGUUUUAGGCCUGACCUGGCUGUGUGGAGUGUUGGUACACCUGUCUGAUGUUGUGGCAUAUCUGUUCAUCACACUCAAUGCCUUUCAGGGCCUGUAUAUUUUUCUGGUGUAUGCGGUUUACAACAGUGAGGUGCGGAACGCUAUAAGAAGAAUUCAGGACAAGCGGAAAGCUUUGUCGUUUACAAACUGCUCACAGCCUAUCAGCUUCUUACCCUCCCAGAAAUCUCCCAGUGCAUCAUGGGUGCACAGUCUGCCAACUCUUUCCAGCCCGGAGAGCAGCGAGAGCUCGACUCCCAUGAGCGCUUCCACAGCCAACCCGCUCAUCUUCAAGAACGAACGUUUUAAAGAGGACAAUAUUGUGAGUUUCCCAAUGAAACCAGCCAACAGAAGUCAGCAGGCUGUUUUGUUUCAGGUGGUUCAGCUGACGGCCUUCAAGCCCUCAGGCUGUUGAGGAGAAGACUACACAACUCGUGACUUAUCCCGGGAUGAAGACAUAACUCAUAAUGUGGAGGAACACACGCCGCCUCCUCCGCAAUCCUCCAGGCCGUCUCAUCCCCAGGACUCGGUCUGUGUUGAGUGAGUAAACGCUCUUCCAGAAACACGAAACGACUCUUUCAGCAAAUGUUCAGCGCAGCCCGGCACACAAACACUUCACAGCACUGUGUGUUUUAUAAUGUUACGUAGAUGUUGUCGGUGCAGAGGCUCAGAGUACUAAAAGUGCACGGUAUGAGCAUCGUCGCACCUUUAAUCGAGACAGAAUUGAGUUGUUAGUGUUUUUCGACUUUGGAUGGGAGCGUUCAGCCCAUCCGUGGAGAUUUAGAUUCAGUAUUUUGCAGAAGACUGUGGACAAUGAAACCUAUCAGCUUUGAUCUUUCUGAAGGGACUGUUCAAAGUUCAAUAACACAUUAUUUAAUCUCUUCUCUAUGCUCAAAUGGCAUGCAUGACGUGAUAUGUGAAGAUUAUCUUAUUGAGACACAUUUUUAAAAAGACAUUCUGAAAAUUUGCAUUUUUUUUUUACUUAUUUUGUUGGUUUAUUCAUGUAUUUCUACUCCUCAAUUGAAAUGAUGGAGAAAUGUAAAUAAUUAUUUUAUUGUAAUAGGCAUUCCUUAUUUUUAUACAAUGCAUAUUAAACUGCAGUAUUACUUUUUUUACUCAAUAUUAAAACUUUUUUUUUUUUUUUUGCUUUGAUGUGGAAAGUGAGUAUCGCUGUAGUCAUUUAUGAAUAUUGAAUUUCAUUUUUUGUAUGUUUUUAAAACGAUACACAGAAGAUUCUAUUGGAUUAGAAUAAAAAAGAGUGGGUU